GCCCAGCCUAGCCCAGCCCCUGUCACAUCAGCUCCGUGUUUCUUUUGUUUUCUCCGUGUUUCUAUUUUUGUAUUUCUCUGUCUGAGAAGAAACUGACGAUGGAGUUGAAGAGUUAGUAGAUGAAGCUGGUUGAUUAGAAUGGCUGGUGAAGAUGUUCUCAGAAUACAGGAUUCAUCCAGCUCUGCUUCUCCUGCUUUACUGUCUGCUGUGCUCAGCUGGAGAAGAGGUUGUCAGACUGCAGGAGCUGGAGGGAAACACUGUAACCAUCCAUACUGGAUUAACUGGAGUUCAGAGUGAUGCUCACAUACUGUGGUUUUAUGGACCUGAGAAUGCAGAUAUAAAGAUAGUGAAUAGUCUGGUGUUUAAAGGGGAGACUAAUACAGAUUAUCCCAGUGAGAGAUUCAGAGACAGACUGCAGCUGAACAGAACCAGUGGAUCUUUAACCAUCAGGAACAUCAGCAGAGAAGAUUAUGGAGUUUAUAAACUACAGAUCAUUACUGAGAGAACUUCAGUCUGGAGUUUCAGUGUUGAUAUCUAUGCUCCAGUAUUAAAGCCGGUCAUAAGAAAUCAAGCUGAAAAGCACUCAGUGACUCUCAGAGAGUCGUGCUCUCCUCUGUGCUCUGUGGAGAACGGGAAGGAUUUGAGUCUGUCCUGGUAUGAAGAGAAAGAGAGAAUCUCCAGCAUCAGCAGCUCAGAUUCCAGUGAACGUCUUUAUCUUCCUCUGAAUAAAACCAACCCAAACUAUUCUACUUACACCUGUGUAGCUGCUAAUCCAGUCAGCAGUCAAACAACCAAGCUCAACAUUACAGAACUCUGCUAUAACAGCACAGAUCCAAAUGAGGGGGAUCGUAUGAAGUUGCUGGUUCUCAUACCUGUUCUGAUUGUUGCUCUGUCACUGAUGUUACUUGCGUGGGUCUGGAAAAAGAAGUCAAAGCAACAAGUUCCUGAAGAUGCUGAGCUGAAUUAUGCUGUAGUUAAAACUAAACCACAGAAUUCAAAGGAAGCUCAUGAGGCAAACAGAGCUGGAGUAACAGAAGUUCAGGACCAGAGUGAGUCAGUGCUGUACUCGACUAUCAGGACGUAACUCAUUUCAGUAGCUGUAUAUAUCCUUUUUCAGAACAUUUCAACUUCUUUGUUCAUCCCUGCCUUGUUUUGAUCAGUAUUCAGUCUGUUGUUUAGAACUGGUCAGAAAUAUUAACUGUAUGAGAGCAUUUACACAAAUCCACUGCUGUAUGUAAAAAUGCACUUCAUUCUGAACUGCUAUAAAAUGGUAUUUCAGUCUGUUCUAUUGCAUAUUUUUAUAUGAUUUAUUUUUUAUUGUAUGUUUUAUUUUUAUGACACCACAGUCACAACUGUCAAGACUUGCAGCAGUUUAAUCAUGGUUUUAUUAUUCACCCUCUUGAACACCUGGGAUCUGUCUCACCAGGCACUCAAUUAGCCAGUUAACUUCAAUCUUAGUUCGAUCCAAUCCUGGAUUUUAUGCUGUGAUCACUUUUUACCAGGAUAUGUCACCAUAGCAAUUUAUACUGCACACCCAACCUGCUCCAGGGAUAUCUGAUCAUCAACAGCUCUGGGAACAAUCAGGGGCACUUAGGAACUGACAGUGGUGAAUCUCACUUUAUGUGUUGUUAGUAGCAUCAUGUGAAAAAUAUCACAAUAAAAUACAUUUAGCAGACAAAAAACUAAACAUACUACAUAUAUAAGAAUAUUAUAAAGCAAUCAUUAUUCCAUUAAGUAUUAAUGCAGUAGCACAGGCAAAACAUUGCUUUUUAACAGUUAUAUACAUGAUUUGCUUUCUGCAUAUUUAUGAAGUUGCUCUUCUUUGGCUGUACAUCAUUAAGAUCAUGGUUAUGUGCACAGGCAUGAAGAACUACAGCCCCGGUAUCUAAACCUGGAGAAAGGUUGGUAACAUUUCACUGAACAGCAGCAUUUGUAAGGCUACAUGGCACCUCCAUAAGCUUUUCAUGAUAACUGACGUACACAUUAUGCUUAUUCUAGCAUCAGCUUUCAAAAGCUGCUUUUGUCAGUUUUGUUGUCAUUUCACCUCACUAAGCGUUGUAACUGAUGCUUCUUGGUAUAAGCUUCUAUAAAUUUCUUUAUAGGUUUAUGUCAGUUGUCAUUAAAGGCUUGUAGGGGUAGGGGUAUCUUACGAGCACUGCUCUUCAGUAUUGUUACUUAACACUUUACUGAUACAGUUGCUAAGGGUCAUAAAAGAAGUAAACCACAGAUGCCUUUGUUGAUGAAGCUGAAACUCAGUCUGGAGUCCUGUCUGAGUUUAACUUGCUUUGUGAGGCAGACCCCUGAUGAAAACCGCUCACACCUAUUACUGCAAUACUAUAUCUUAUUUCACUUAAUAACUUGAGGGUAUGGGAUAGUGGCACUGCAGGACUUGCAACAACUUUUUUUUAACGUGUCAACGGCUCAUUUGCAAACUAACAAAGCCAAAGCCUUUGGGUAGAAUCUAACUAGUUAGACUUGUUGUAAACUCUCAACUCAAGCACUGUUUUUAGCAGACUUUUAAAUAAUUUAGAAAUGUGUAAAGCAAGGGAUAAAAGUGAGGUCAUUAAGGAACUAGAGCAACUGAAAACCACCAACAAUAAAGCAGCUUCGGGUUUCAUCGUCCCAAAUUUCAAGGUGUGUCCAGCGUAUUUUGUGCUCUGUAUCUUCAGUAAAAGUCUACAGAGUCAAGCUUAAACACAUCAGGGUCUAUUCAAUGCUGUGGAAAUAAUCUAAUGUCAAAUAGAUAAUCACAUUUUUAUUUUAUGACCAGCAAAACCUUUAAUAUAAUAUUUAACCUUAUUUAACCUUAUUUAACCUUUAAUUUAAUAUUUAAACCUCUGACUCAUUUCAGUGGGGAUGGAAGGUGCACAUACAUUCAGUAAGACCUUAUUUCUUUGUUUUGUUUAUGUUCAACUAACAGGGAUCUGCACUUCUGUAUUUUUAUAGUGGGUGUUGGCUGCUGUGCAAGUCAGCACAUGAACCUGAAUCAUUUCACAACAACUACAACAACAUCGCCCCCUAAUGUUCAAAUGUGUUUCUCUCCAUACUGAAAAAAACAAAAAAAACACAUGAGGACAGAGAAUGCACAACACCUUAAAAUCCAUUCAGCUUUUCAGGUGACCACUUAAACUCUUUCAGUGCUGUCUUAAAUUGUACUUUUCUACAUUUUUCAAAAAUGAUCCAUCAAAGCAGUGCAACACAAUGAAGCAGGUGGAUUUACAUGCUAUUCCAUGUUGGCUGACUAUGUGCGCUGGCCACAGCUGCAUGUGUGUGAUUAAUCUUAUACAUCUGAAAUAGCAUGCAGUGCACAUGACAAUCAUAAGAAAAGUAGAAACUCUUCAUCCUUUGUAGACUCACAAACUGGAACUGUUUGAACCACUAAACUACAAUUUAGUCUUUCCAAGAAAUAUUUAGCAGGCUUCCUCAGUUUAUUACAUUAAAUUGACUGCUGACUUAUUAGUGAAUUUAACUGAAAAUUUUGAAAAAUAAUCUAAUACACAUCAUCUCUCCUUCCUUACUCUCAGCAAAUGAAGGUUAGGGGGAUAAGCAAACUUUUUACAGACACAUAUAUAGACUCAUGCUUUUCAUAUUGCAAUACUAUAUCAAAAUUAACUCAUAGCCAAUAACAUGAACAUUCAAAACAUGAUUAGCAUUUUUACAUCAAUAACUUUAUCUACUUUAUCUACAGAUCAGUUUAUUUAACCUAUUUUUAUCAUUUCUCCAACAGAUCAGAACAUUAAAGACAAAUACUCUGAUAAACAACUAAUACUACAUCAAACAACCUUCACUCCCCAAUAAAAUAACCUACACUGAGUCUUCAGUAAUAAAGUUUCCAAAAGUUUUAAAGUUAAAUAAAGUUUUUCCAGCUCAGUUUUCCUUCCUACUGGACACCAACUGGAGUUCCUUCCUGCUUAAUUAUCAUUUGAACUGUAAUCUGAAAUGCCAUUUUAAAGUGAAUCUGUACUCUGUAGUACAAUAAUACUGUAAAUAAAUCAGUAUAAAUGUAUAUAAUCUCAGUAAAAUGAUGAGCUGCUCAUUC